GAGGCAGCAGUGGCAGAGAGGCUGUCAGUGAGGGAAAUCAGUAUCAGGCAUCUGUGGGGGUCUGCAGGAGGGGAAGGAGGCAGGAUCAGGGACACGGCAGGCAGCAGACAUGGACUUGCAUUGCGAUUGUGCCGAGACUCCGGCAGUCGAGCCACCAUCCGGGAAGAUUAAUAAAACUGCUUUCAAAUUAUUUAAGAGGAGGAAAUCUGGGGGCACCAUGCCCAGCAUAUUUGGGGUGAAAAACAAAGGCGGGGAUGGGAAAGGCUCGAGUAAAGCUGGGAUGGUGAGGAGCAAGACUCACGAUGGAUUAGCUGAUGUUGUGCUGGAAAGCAGCAAGAAGGAAGAAUCGAGCCUCGGAGGUGGCGGUGGUGUUGAUCAGCUGAACAGGGAUAUAAACACCAGGACUGUAGCCGGCCUCAAUGUUUCAUCAAACAGCUCCGUGGCUAAGUCACACAGUUUCUUCUCUCUGUUGAAGAAGAAUGGGAAAUCAGAAAAUGGCAAGGGAGAGAAUGCAGAUCAGAGGGCGGGCAGCAGACAAAAGAAAGGAUUGAAAGGGAUCUUCAGCAGUAUGCGAUGGCAUAAAAAGGAUAAAAAUGGCAAGGAGGAAAGGGGGGAAACAUCAGAAAUUCAAUCCAGCCUUAUUAUGUCAGGUUCUCUGACUGCCAGCUUGGAAUGCAUCAAAGAAGAGGCACCAAAACCUUUGUCUGAGCCUCAAUAUGCCACAGAAGAAAUUAACAUUGAAUUGUCUAGUGAUAAACACAGUGGAGAUGUGCACGCCACGGCAGAGGAGCCUGAAGUUAGAGAUGCUGGGGAAAUGCAGAACAACAAAAGCAUACAAGGAGAGGAUCCUGCUGCCGCUGGAAACCAACAUGAGGAGAACCGCCCUGAGCUGCCAGAUCCGUGUGUGGAAGAGGUUGGGACUGCGAAGGAUACGGCUAUAACAGGCUGUGGAGAUAUUAUUGCAGACCAGGAGGAUGAAGUGGGCAGCAGCAGUGGCGGCUGUGAGAAGAGCACCCCAGGGGCCAGCAAGCCAGGCACUUCUAAAAAGAACCCAAACAUGGUGGCCUACCAGGGAGGAGGAGAGGAGAUGGCAAGCCCAGACCAAGUGGAUGACACCUACCUUCAGGAGUUCUGGGAUAUGUUAUCACAAACAGAGGAGCAAGUCCAAGAGACCCAGGGAGGAGAAGGAGGAGGGACAAAACCACCUGAGAUUAAAAAAGAGACCAAGUGUGUUGAGGGGGCACAGGAUGGUUCAAUGGUGAAACGCAUUGGUCUCAACCAGAUUCCGAUUCAUCUCAACCACAAAGAGGAUCAGAAGAACAGGGAAUAUGAGCAGCCAGAGGGCAUCCCAAACAGUGAUGAGGGCUACUGGGAUUCCACUACUCCUGGUCCUGAGGAAGAUAGCAGCAAUAGUGUCCAGAAAGAGAGCAUCCCCAGGGACAGCUACAGUGGUGAUGCCCUCUAUGAUCUUUAUGCUGAUACAGAUGAAAACAUCACAGGGGUGCCUUCUGAUGAAGAAGUCACCUGUGUAUCACGCUCCAAACCUGUGUCUCCAGUAACAACCACAUGCUCACUUAAAACACCUGCAGGUUCAGUCAAGGACUCCAAGAUACCUAUCAGCAUUAAACAUCUUACAUCGCUUCCCACCAGCCACGGAACAGAUGCCAGUAACAGCCAUCACAUUGCACACCAUCACCCAACCAAAAGUGAGAUUCCCAGAACAAAAAUCCCUGUUUCUAAAGUACUUGUACGCCGGGUCAGUAAUAGGGGUUUAGCGGGAACGAUGGUUAAAGCCACCACAUUCCAGGACAAUGCCAAAAAGUAGUUGAACAAGAUCUGGAGACAAAGAUGGACAGUGAGUUAGAGGUGGGAAAGUCUUUAUAGGAAAACACUAAUAAAAAUGUUUGCAGCACCUAAAGAAAGGCACCUAAAAGGGCCCCAUAAGUGUAUUCUGGGGGCCAGCACUUCUGAAUCUCUUCUUGAUAUACAGUAUAUAAAAAUACAAAAAUAGUCAAAUUCUUUUCAAGCACUUUGAAAAAUUUGUAUCUUUUUUCUGAAGCACUAAACACUUAGGAGGUCACUUUUACAUGCCUUUGUGGAAGCUGGACUUUGAUUAUGAACGUAAAAUGAGCAUCUCCCCUAAUGCAAAUUAGUGCCAUGAGUUCUUCAGGGGGACAGAAAUACAGAAAGAGAUGAACAACAGGAAUUCUCCAAUACAGUUAGCUUUUACUGGUUUUUUGUUUUUGCUUAAAUUGUAAAAUGAUGUCUGCUCUACAAUUAUGUGGAAAAAUGCCAAGAAAAAACAAACAACCCAACAGGUAAUUAUUUACCUGAUGUACAUACAGCAGUGCUGGUCAGCAGCAAACUCAACUUAUUUGUGUCCAGUAGCUAAUUAAUGAGUUAGGUGGAUUUCUAUAACUAGAACAGAUAUUUUUGUUUGUUUGUCUGUUUUGUUUUGGAUCUGUUACAAUAUAAAUGGAUAACAGAGACAUCUGGCAAAGUUCAGAUGUUUACUUCAAUAUUUGUCUGAUGCAUAAAAAUCAGGUUCAGGGAAUCAUUUUACUAAAAGCCAAUAUAUACACAACUUUCACAUUUAUACAAUAAAUUACUCUUCAUGUGUAGAUAGAGGCAUAUUUUAACAGUUUUACUCAAUGCUACAAUUUUUUUAUAUAAAAAUGUCUGUCUGUAUUAUCUAGAGUUUAAGCAAAAGUUAGUUUUUAUAGCUAGAUAAUUUUACAAUUCUAAAAUUAUGGAACUUCUUUUAAGUACCGUACCUUAAACUAGAGCAAAACUCUGUUUUAUAUGGGCUCUUGCUUCCCCAGAAUAACAAGUUUAUUAUGCUAAUUUUAUUAGAGUGACACAUUCAUCGUGCCAGAGCCAAGGUUCUGACAGCAUUGCCAUUGCAAACCUCUAUUUUCAGGGGUUUAUACAACUUACGCUGUGCUCAAACCUGGCUGAGAAGAAACCUAGGAUAGAGACACAUUUUUAAAUUAUUAUUUUUUAAAAUAUAUAAAAUUAGUUUUGGCUGUUUAAAGAAAGUUUUGGACUUUCAGUUUCAGUCUUAAUAACUUCCAAGUGAUUUUACUUUAAGAAAGAAAAGAGACAUGGUAGGUUAGUGAUCCAGGAAAUAGCCAGACAACCUGGAUGCUAUGAAAAAAUUGUUAAUGGCUGAGAUGUUUUUUGAAAAGUGGCUACUGUACAUGGGCAUUGACAACAUUUCAAAGAAAUUUCAUAGGGAUUUUAUGAUGUGCCUAAAGACAUAUUUUCAUGAUAUUCUGAAACAGCUCCAAAGGUCAUUAAAGUCUAAUGGGUAAAUACUAUGCAUUUGCAAAAUAUUUUAAAAUCUGUAUUUAGUCAACAGACUGCAAGUGAUAUGAAGGUGAUGUUUCGAUGAAUCUGGAAAUACACAUUUUUAAAAAAAAUUAUAAAAAUAUUACAAAGAGAAUCCUAAAUUUAUGUAAGUGAAUCUUACGUGACAGUUUGCUUUAUCUUCUCCUUUUAAUAAAAAAGAAAAUUAGAUAUACAAAAUAUAAAUUUAAAGAAUAUUAAGGUUGUAACUUGAACUGUGAAAAGCUAGGAAAUACAGUUUUAAGAGCCCAGUUGUUCCUCCAUUUACAUGAGUGCAGCUCCCAUUGGUAUCACUGGGUGUUGCCCAUUUAGCUAAUAAGGGUAAAAUUGAGAUCUAGCUUUGAAAUGGUCACUUUACUUAAUACUAAUUUGCGUAACCUCAAUGGUGGGUGGCCAGGAGGAAAAGUUAUCCUUUCCAUUCAAUUUCCUGGCUUUAUUGGUUUGUGUCACAACCUCAAUAUAUUUCAAAGAAGUUUAUUUUUUAUGUAAUUUCUUCAUAAUAUAUAUAUGUAUGGCUGUAGCCACAUCCACUCACACACACAAGUUGUACAUAUGCAUGGAUAAUCAUACAUAUACUGUACAGGCACACAAAUGAACAUGCACACUCGUACAUACACACUCUCAUGCAAACACUACCAGGCAUGUACAUUCCUAUGCACAGACUGAGGGGACAUACAGUAAAUCUAUCUCAAAACUUAUUGGCGAUUAUUUUCUUUGCCUGAGAAAGGGAUUUGCAUUUGAUCUGACUCUGCUUGUAUUUUUAGAAGCUAAAGUUCUCAAAAGGAUGAAUGUACAGAACAUGGAAUUUUAAUCCUAGCCAUAAAACUAACAGUCAUUGUGUUCCCCCCGCCCCCAUCUGACUGUAAGGAUCAUGUUGUUCUUUGCAUGAUGAUUAUACAGAAAAUUCAUGUUUGCCCAUUUUGUUUUAAGGACAAAUUGUACAGAAGGAUUGUAUAGGGAACUGAAAGUUGAGAUGGAGAGAGGAUGUUGUGAGCUUGUGACAUACUUUAAAGUGAGAAGAGUAGAUAGUAGCAGCUGUACAUCAUUUAAAACACUAGGAGAAAUGAUCUACCACCUAUACAGUACUUGUUUGUGGCAAUUUUUCUUCAUAUGCAUUUUGUUUGCAUUGUGGCCUGUAUAUAGCAAGAAACAGUAGAAUAAUUUUAGAUUAGUCCCCUCACACUUAUAACUAACAACAACCACCAUUAAAAUAUUUUGCCUUUCCUUCAUUUUCUCUCUGUAUUUCAUUUCCAUCCUUUUUUUACUCCUCUUGCUGUGUGCUGGCUGGCAAAUACAAUCUAAACAGCUACUCUCUGGCAAGGAGGUCUGAAGCUUUCACGUGGGAAGAGUGCUCAGGGUGGGAGGGGUACCUGCCUAGCCUCUUUUUUCCUACAGAGACUAGGUACUAAUCACUUUCUCAAGCUUUAUGCCCUAUACCUAAUGUAAGUAGGUUUUGCAAACCUGUUAAUGAUUCAUGUGACUGCUUGCGAUGUACAAAGGACAAUCAUAUCCUUAAAAGGAGAGUGGGAAAGUAACGUGUAGUCGGUUAUCAGUAUUAUUGUACCAUAACAACACAGUGGCAUUGAUUCACGAUUGAGAGCAGCGAUUGUGUGGGAGUAAAGAAACUUAUACACAAGUUAACACCUAAAUUAGCUCUACAUUUUUAUUCACAACAUUCAAAACCAAUUAUGUUUUUUAUUUCAAAAAUUAAUAAUCUGAAAUGUAGUAGUUACCAGGACUUAUUUUAUUAUAAUAGAAAUAUAUUUGUAUGUUAUAACUUCACACAAGGCUUAAAACAAAGCACUAAAAGGCAGUUUAAAAGGCUUUCUUUAAAUGUACAUUUAAUUCCUUUAAAUCACAUGUAAGGGACACUGAUAUGCUUAAUGAUUGAAAAAUUGAUGACUUGCUGGAUUUAAUGGGUUGAAACAUAAAGAGGUAAUAGUCUUGGAGGCAUUCUGUAGUGAUUUGCAUUCUAAUUUAUGACAUUAUUGUGUUUAAGCAAAUGUUUUCAUGGCCUUGUUAAAUAUCAAGGUAGAAAUGAUCUUCCAGGUCCCAAAGAUGCCAUUCUUCUACAUUGUCAUGUUUUUUAUUCCUUAAAGAACACUUUGUUUAGAAUUGUGCUUGGGAUGAUGCUGUAUAAGUAUGACCCUGUACAUAACACAUAAAGAGGUUAAUACACCACAUCUUAGCAUUUAUAUACUCUUUGCACUUUCAGGUCACUACUGGUAAAUUUUAUAUGUCCCUAGGAUAUUUCUAUAUAUUGCAUAACAUUUUAUAGUUACCUAUGGUAUCUUCAGUGGUAUGUGUUUCUUUCCUAAAUAUCAGAGGAUCUUCUUUUAGUAGCAUGAUAUGCUGUCUUUUGUGGACUCAUUUUGUCACAAUAGAAGUAAAGUUUGCUGUGCUAUAGAUGUGGUCUGCAAAUGAGACAUUGACAGUAAUAGGAUUUGAACACAUGCAACAAAUUUAAGAGGAGACUACACACCUACUAAUAAGGUGAAUCCAUGUUCACUGUUACUCCAUAUAUCAUCAUCAUCUUCUUCAUCCCCUAUGAACAUCCAUGCCACCAUUUAGGAUUAUUGAGGACCGAAUUUGAAGAAUUCUGUAUGUAAACAUAUCCUAUGGAAAUGCAUUCCCUGAUUAUUUUUUAAUGAAUCUCACUAAAUUAUUUAUCUAGGCUAAAAUAAUAUUGCGCCAAAGUCUUCAAAAAAUGUCUGAAUGAGAUGGCAUUUUCAGGAAAGUGCUUAAAGUAUAGAUGAGCCAAAUUACCAAGCUUUUGCUUAGCAAAGCAAAACUCUAGUUGGUUCUAAAAUUUAUGGUACUGCCAGAGCUUGCUCCUCAACGGGAGCCAUUGAUUUUGCUAUCUGGCUUCACUCUGAAGCUUUUUUGCCUGCUGUAAUAGACUGCUUUUUGAAAAGGCUUUCCAUUGUGUUAAUGGUAUGAAGGAGACAGUUCACUGCAACAAUAACCACUUAUAAGACAAAUGGUUAUCUAACAGCAAACAGUAUAGGAUUUUAAGCAAGGUGGCCUGGGAAUUUAUUUUCAUGGCCAUUGAUAUGAAAUGCUACUGCUUCUUCUCAAUUCUUGGAAAAACAAAGUGAUACCAGCUGAAGGAUGCUGCAGAACUAAGUCUUGGCACAGAUUAUACAUGACAGUUGCUGCAAUUUUUCUUAUAAUUGUUCAUUCCGCUGACAUAACCCAUUUGCCCAUGCAGAAUAGUACAACAGUUAGUAAGUGCUCCCUAAAUGUGCACUUCCUUUCUGUUUAAAGGUGAACAUUUUAAGAUCAUACAGCUAACCAUGCAAUCGUCUAUAUUGGUGUUUUAAUAUUUCCCCUCAUCUAAAUGCAAAACACAUCUUUUCAUUGUUUUUCCAUCUUGACAAACAGCCACUCCAGGGCUUGACCCCAAUGCUCAGCAUGUCCAAAUUUCAGCUAAUGCAAUCAUUGCCAUCCUGAAUUUAACUUGUGAUGGCAGACGUGGGACCAGAUCCAUUCAAGUGCAGUAAAUCCUGUGUGCGCUCUGUUGCGUCACUGCCCGUGUUUUGUAAUCUGUUAACCAGUAUGUUUUUCCUUUUAACUCUAAUUGCAGUUUCAGUAAAAUCUGUUUUUAGCAAAAA